GGCGGUACUGGCGUAGACACUGAUGUUGGCGGCGGCGGUACUGGAGUAGAGACUGAUGUUGGCGGCAGUACUGGAGUAGAGACUGAUGUUGGCCGCGGUACUGGAGUAGAGACUGAUGUUGGCGGCGGUACAGGAAUAGAUACUGGUGUUGGUGGCGGUACUGGAAUAGGCAUCGGUGUUGGCGGAGGAACUGCAUUAGGUAAUGUUGGCGGCGGUACUGGAUUAAAUACUGGUGAUUGCGGCGGUUCUACAUUGGAUGGUGUUUCUUUACUUCCUGUCGUUAACGCCUGUAUACGGCAAAUCACGGUAGCCUAAAAAUAAGCAAAGAAUUACCGUAACAAUAAGUAUUUUGUUCGACAUUUUAACAACUCCGACAUGAUCAUUGCAAUUGUUGUAAGCAUUGUAAUUAUAAUGAUAGUAAGCUUUAUGGACUCGGGAAACAUUACUGUAUGCUGUAUUUCAUUCAUCAUAGAAUAUACAAUCUAGUAAUCUAAAUUACCUCUUCUCUACACUUCUUCUUCUUCUUUUUCAUUGUCGGUUCGGCUGUAUUUUCUUUUGCUUUGGCAGAGGAGCUUAUUUUUCUCUUCGUUUGGCCUGAACAUGUCGGUUUAUCAGUGAAUCGAUGGGCGUUUUCUGGUGCUUUGAUGAAAUCUGCUUGUUGUUGGCGAAGAUUGCUCUCACUAUCUACAAGUAAAAAAUAGAUUAGUUUUAAUGAUUUGUUCACCUGGAAGAAAAUCAACAUAUCACUCUUGAUCAAAUUAAACAUAUAACUCAAUCAAGGUACUUACCAUGGGCUCCGAUUAUCUCUGCUUCGAUGAAGUCUCCGUCGUAAUUUACUUUAACAAUGCUGCCAAUGGCAGUGUCACC